CCUUUAACGUGUCUCUCUGUCCAUCUAAAAUGUUGAUAGAUGGGAUCAUGAUUUUGGUGGCAUGGCCAAUGCCCAACAUACGGAUAUUCAUCCAACUCUCUCUAUUAGAGUCAAGGCAUUAAGCAUUUUUGUUCUCUGACGCUGCACUAUAAAGCCUUUAUGGUGGAAAUCAAUGUUAAAAGUACAAACUGGCCAAACGCAACAAAAUUUCCCUAUCUCGUACAGACCAAGGCGUAAACUGCACUUUACGUUAAAAUUUUACGUUACACGUACGAAUCAUGCGACGCCGUCGGGAUUUUGACACGCGCAAUGACGCGACGGUGGCGCAAUGACGUAGGGGUCACGCCGCUGGACGUAGCGGAGGUUAUAAGACGGUGCUUUCAGGUGUAGUUUCAGUUGUGUUUCGUGUUGUCGUUUGGAGAACCAUGGGGGCUUCCGAGGCUGAUAGAACACUGUUUGUCGGGAAUUUGGAUCCGAGAACAACUGAGGAAAUUCUGUUUGAGCUGUUCCUGCAGGUUAGUAUUAUUAAUCAGGCUGAGGUAGGGCUCUGAUUACUGUACAGUGCGUGUGGAGGAGCGUUGCACUAAAUGUUCCCUUACUGCCAGGAAUUGAUUGAUUAAUUGGAGAUGAAUGGGAGAUUGUGUUGCUUUGGACGCACAUUUUAUGUACGAGUCGGCCAUAUUUGUACGGUAUAUUUUCCUGUACAUUAGGACAGCCCUGCACCUCCUCUUCCCAUAUUUCUGCCUGUGUGCCAGUUUGUCUGCUUUUACUCCUAAAAUAGAAAGUAAUAGUAAUUUACAUUUAUUUACUUUAACUUAUGAUUUCUCAGGAGUAUUUUGUGUAGCUUAAAGGGACUCUAUAGGCACCCAGACUACUUCAUGCCAUUGUUGCUGUCCUCCUUGGUCUUGUAAUGCAAAGCAUUGUAAGGCGGACACUAGAGGCGCUUAUUGGAGUUUUAACUCUGUGAAACUAUGCUGUAUGUCAUCACGCGGGGCAUGAGAAUGUCCAGUGUCAGAGAAAACUCUAUAGGAUUGGUUUGGGGCAAUGCUUUCCCAUGGAUUAGGCUUAAAGGACCACUCUAGGCACCCAGACCACUUCAGCUUAAUGAAGUGGUCUGGGUGCCAGGUCCAGCUAGGGUUAACCCAUUUUUUAAUAAACAUAGCAGUUUCAGAGAAACUGCUAUGUUUAUGAAUGGGUUAAGCCUUCCCCCUAAUCCUCUAGUGGCUGUCUCAUUGACAGUCACUAGAGGCGCUUGCGUGCUUCUCACUGUGAUUUUCACAGUGAGAGCACGCAAGCGUCCAUAGGAAAGCAUUGUAAAUGCUUUCCUAUGAGACCGGCUGAAUGCGCGCGCAGCUCUUGCCGCGCGUGCGCAUUCAGCCGGCGGGGCGUAACAGAGGAGGAGAGGAGGCAGAGAGCUCUCCGCCCAGCGCUGGAAAAAGGUAAGUUUUUACCCCUUUCCCCUUUCCAGAGCCGGGCGGGAGGGGGACCCUGAGGGUGGGGGCACCCUCAGGGCACUAUAGUGCCAGGAAAACGAGUAUGUUUUCCUGGCACUAUAGUGGUCCAUUAGGUCCCCUCCUCGGAUGCUGUUGGAGGAGGCAGAGGGAUCUGUAAAUUGAUAUUUAAUGCUUUACAACUAGCGGGGGCUUGUUAGAGAGGGCUACAGGGGCUGAGUAAUAUAUUAGUGUUAGGAAUACAUCUAUGCGUUUCUAAAAACUAAAGCGUUCCAUUAAGGUAUGAUGAGUUGGUUGCCUUUUAUUGUGCCCUCUUUGUUUCCCACGUGCCUAAGCAUUCUCCCUACUUCUAUCUCUGAUAUUAAUUACAAAUGAUCAACCUCCAAUCUUUGUCUAGCUUCUCUGCCUAUUAAUUAACAGGAGAGUUCACGUUGCUUAAUUUCCUGGUUCAGAGUUAGUAGAGAUUACAUAGUUUAGCAUUUCCAUUUACAGUUUUCCUGGAUUGUCUGGACUCUGUCAUGGAGGGGUUUGACAUAAACUUAGACUUAUAAGGCAUAUUGGUCAGUUGAAUGACAUUGGUCAUGUAGACAUGUUAAAUAUUAUCAAUGCAGCUGGUUUAGAAUGGUUUUAUUUUUAUACCUGGAUUCAGUCAGGUCGUGCUCCCUACCUCCACUACAUCUGCCGCAAGCUCCAAAGUAGGAGCUUCCUUAGCUCUCCUAACUAAAUCUUGCACCACCGUGCUUAGGUCAGGCAGAGAGAUUUUGGCUCAUGAUUUCAUGCCAUCCACUAUUGAAAGAAUGAGUAUGAGAUUGCCUUAGGGACCGUAAGCGUCCCUUCUCAAGUAGUGCCAGUUUUCAGUUUGGUAGGUCAACAGUGGUGCUGUUUCUGUGAUUGACUAUUGUUAAGGCUCCUUGUUGAAGCAAAACAUAUACUAAAAGUUUGGGAUGGAUGCCAACAUAAAUGUAUGGACCAUUAAUGCUUUCCUGAACUGACCCCACCCUCGUUGAAGCAUGCCAAUAGUCAUAUUGACAGAAGAGCUCUGGAGUGGCUUGCAAGACCUUUCCUCUAGUGUGACUUUCUUCAUGCUGCUAUCUCAUGCAAGGGACAUAUAAACACAUGGAUAGCUUAUAGUUGGCAUUGCUUCUGUUUCUCCUCCUGUAAUGGGCGUGGACCAGGCUGGAUCGUAAUGUCAUUUGCUAUAUAUUUGAUAUACACAAACCGAAGGUCCCGUGAAAUAAGGUUGCAUAAUAUGUAUAGUUUGUUUCAAAAUAAUCCCAUUUGUCUGUAUAUGUACCUACUUUUUUCUUUAUUGAUACAUAUUUUGUACCUCUCCUUUAAUCUGCUAGAUAUGUAUGUUAACUCAAAAUUAACAUUUAAAUAAUUUUUCAUGACACAAAGUUCCUAUUUUUUUUUUUUUCACAAAUCGGUUGAAAGAAAACUGGUUAAAUUUCCUUUUUUCUUUAUUUUUGUUUGCAGGCAGGCCCUGCUACCAAUGUAAAAAUUCCGAAGGAUAAGGAUGGUAAACCAAAACAGUUUGCUUUUGUGAAUUUCAAGCAUGAAGAAUCUGUUCCAUAUGGGAUGAGUCUGCUGAAUGGCAUCAAGCUCUUUGGAAGGCCGCUUAAAAUUCAGUUCAGAUCAGGUAAUCAAAAACGAAUUCCUUGAUUAACAAUGUCUUCAUUCAUUUAAAGGGUCACUCUUGGCACCAAACCCACUACAACUUAAUGUUGUGAUCAUGCUAUGUAGAUUCUGUACACGGACUAUGACAAAUGUAAGCAUUGUCUGAGUGUGUUGCCAUUGAGAGAUUAUUUGUAUCAUGUCUGAUGGACCACUAGGGGAAUAGGUCAGUGAACAGUAUGAUAAUUGCAGAGUUUGCUUUUAAUUUUAAAAAGUACUAAGUUUAGCCCAACUGAAUAUAAAUACCUUGUUGUAAAAAAAUAAACCUAGAAUGCUAAAUAACAUGUAACAUCUGAAAUUUGAGGUCUCUCACAAGUGUGCGUGUCAGUCAAACAUGUGGUUCCGACUUAAUAUAGUUGUCUAUGUUGAAAAAGACUAAAGUCCAUGACGUUUAAACCUGAAGCACAUUCUUUUAUGUUGAUCCAAAAUAAGGCUAAAACCCAUUUGUAGUCCUUUCCAAUUAUGCCAUAAAAAAGGUGAAAAAUCUUUCUUGACUCCAUAUUGAUCAAAUUUCUCCUAGGUUCAGCAAGCUGUUUACAUAUAUCGAUUAUAUCCUUGAAGAUUGAUUUUUAUUUACUGGGCAUUACAUUAAAAAUGUAGAAGGCUGAUUCAGUUUUUUUUUUUGUUUUUGUUUUUUUUUAGGAAGCAAGCAUCUUCCACAGGAUUCAAAUAACAUGUCCUCACCACAGAUGAAUGACAGUGGAGCCUCUGUUCUUGGUAGCCCUGCAACAAAUGGUAGCAGGUAGGAAAAUCUAAACAAUUUCUACAUUUUACUACUGUAGUGAUUAAAAAGGUUAAAAGAAUUGAAUAGCACAUUAAUUUAAGUGGCUAUCAGAAGCAUCUUGAAUGCAAUUUUAUUUUUUAUGUGACACAAAUUUUUUUAUUUUUCUAUAAAUCUCAUCAGCAGGUAUGACCGUAAUGGAGAUCUCAUGAAAUAUUCUGGAAACAUGUUACCUGUUCAAAAUUUUCAAAGAUCCUACUCUUCGCCAGAAAAUCUUCAACGCCAAGCAGUGGUGAGUUUGUAUUGUUGUAUUUCUGUUUUUACGUCAGGUCAGGUUUUGAUCAUAUAUUUGAUGCAAACCAGUCUUGCAAAACACCUAAAAAAUCCACUUGUAGAUGCCAAUUUUUUAUGUGUAGCUAUGUAUUAAUAGAGAACGUUUCAGGUAUUGUCAUCACUGCUGACACCCCUCACGCUAAACUAGAUUUUGUCGUGAAUUGACCAGGAAAUUUCAAGUUUUAGGAGAAAAUAGUUCAGCUUAAAAGUGAAGUUGGAUAUUUACAUUUUUUUUUUUUUCUUAAAACUUGCAAUCUCAUCCAGUCAACUGCAUCCUCAAUAUUGAGGAUUUCAUAUUCACACAGGUCCUACAUGAGAAAUGAUGAAAUGGAAUGUUAGUUAAAGCAUAGAUUUUGUGAGCCACCUGUAAUGAUCCUAUCUGAAAUAUACAGAGAUGCUGGUUUUUACAGCCACUAAAAUAUGCUCCUUCUCUCAUUUAGUGGACAAACUCCUCAGACUCAUUGUUCUGUAAGGAGAAUAAGUCACAUCUCUUGUGGUAUUUUGCUUUAUUAGAGCUAUUGGACUGAAUAUUUUGUCGACUUUUGAAUAGUGACAUGCAUGUUUUUGAGACAACUGUUUCAUUCAAAUGCAUAUUGUAUAUGUAAUUUUAUACACGGCUCAAUAUUCUCACGCUCUACUAGUCAUUUCUCAGAAAAAGAAUAAACCAUAGAGAGCAAAGUCUAAGUUGGAGGAUGAGGAGUCAGUCUACAUCUGAGGACUGACUCAAACGCAAGCUUUUGCGUAUUUUCCAAAAACUUUGAGAAUUGAGGCCAGUUUUAUUGCUUCUUUAAUCAGCGCUAACACAAUUUUGAAACCUUUUAGGGUUUGAUAAAUUUGCUUGGAAUCUAGGAGCCAGCUAAAAUAGUUAAAAGCCAGGUUUUUUUAAAUGAACAAAGAUUAAUUUUCAGUGAGCAAAAUACAAUUAAAGGUAUAAUUUAGUUACCAGAAUUACUACAGCUUAAUGUAGUGGUUCUGGUGUCUAUAGCCUGUGAGAGACUAUGAAUGUUCCCCAUAAAGAUGCAAUGAUCCAAUUCAACUCUGAGUAGAUGCCGGUUAGGGCAUGCUUCCUAGCCUCCCAAUACUUUCCUAUGUGAAAAUAUUGGUUUGGCUGAGGUCUUCAAGAUUGAUGAUCGUAGCCACGGAGGCAGGGCCAGGCACGGUGUGUCUGGCACAGAGUGGGGGAAAAGGUGAGUAAAAUCACGUUUCCCAUGUGGUCAGAGGGAGGCCUGUCACUUAAACACACGCACUGCAGAAAUGCACCGAAAUUAUAUAUGUUUUUUUCAUUAUUUUAAUUGAAAUCCACUCAGCCUCCCUACCUUUAGGACCAUGUACCUGCUCUGCUCCUUUUCAUGCACUGCUUGGUAUGCUGGGGUCAGAAUGAAGUCAACAUUCACACUUGUUGUACUUUAUAUUAGAAUUGGAUGAAUUCUCACAUGCAGGAAAACCUAGACUAGCUCUUUGCUGAUGUUUUUGUCUAAAUAUUAAAUGAUUUUUGUUAGUUGUUAGUGUACUAGUACAGAGGGGUGUGUGUUUGUGUGUCUGCUUCCAGAAUGAGUUACAUUUAUUGUCCGUUUAAUCUCAAGUAUGUUGCAAUUAUUUAUAUCAAAUGUCUUCUUAGAGAAUCUUUGUGAAAACUUUUAUAGCUCUACUUUCGAGAAGAAUUCAUAUAUAAGGAAAUAAUUCUAAGUGUCUUCCUCUUUCAGCUGAACAACAUUCAGUGGCAACAAUGCACAUAUGGAUCAAGUACACCGCUGAAUCAACCCUGCUUCUCCUCCUCAUCCACUCCUUCCCCCUCCUCCUCUUCUCAGCUGUACAGUAAUUGUCAGUCUACUCCGCAACGGUAUGAUUCUGGCAAUGGCCACCAAAGAAGCAGAGGCAAUGGCUCUCAUCCAUAUUUAAGUGAAAGUCGUCAUUAUCAGCACCACCAUCACAGAGAGAACAACUAUAGGGGAAACACAGAGGAGUAUUACCACGAUGAACGAAACCUUGAAAGCCGGAGCCAUGGACAGAGGAGUGGAAGCAGGUGGCAUCCCUCAAGACACUAAAUUUCUGUUUUUACUUAAACGUCUUUUUAAAGUUUUUACAUAUAAUAGAAUCAAAAUGGAUUUGUGUAUGUGUACACACCUUCAAAAUAUGUUAAGAAAUUUACAUGUCCUGUCAAAACAUUGUUUUAUUGUAAGGAUUGUUGCUAAAAAUGUGGAAUCUCCCUAGAUUUAAAAAAAUAAAAAAUAAAAAAUCAGUUGUUAUUGGGGGAGGGAAAGUAUACUUUCUAUAAACUAUUUUUAUAAUUUACCUCAAUAACCGGUGUUCAGUUUUAUGGUUAGUUUGUUUUUUUUCCCUCUUGAAUGGAUAGCACAAAAACAGAUGUUUAGCUUUCCAGAAACCAGCAAACUGUCAAAAUGUAAAAUGAAAAUAAUGUGACUUAGUAUCAACCAUAUCUUGAUAACUUUACAUUUCCUUAAUGCUUUUAGGUAUCUUUGAUAUCUAAAUUAUCUACAUUUUAUAUGCAAAUAUAUGAAGCAGUUGGAAAAUCUCAUUUUUUUUUUAUUUAUUUUUUUUACAUUUAUUUAUUAAUCAAAAGCUUGAUUGUAGUAUUGGAGAGUAGAAAUUGAGUAAAAACUUACAGCUACCAGAGUCUGUAUCUUGUGUGUGGUAACUGUGUAUUACAGU